GGUUAAAGGGAAGAAAGAUGGCACCUCACGCGCCGCUGUCAGCCUCUCCGCCCGGCUUCUCCUCCUGCGGACAGCGGCGUGCUUCCCUCUGAGAUGGCCUCGACUGAACCACCAGCCUCUUGACGAAACGGCGAAGACCAUUUUAUAUGAUUUUUAAAACCCAGACCUAAAAAACUGUGGGCAUCUUUGUAGCAUUUUCCACACCCUGUCGCCUUCUCAGACCUCAACAUCUGCACAUCCAGCCGGCUGCAGGCUGCAGCGUUGUUUUUAUUGAAACCUCCGGAGCUGCUGCUGCUGGAUCAUUAUUACCAGAACUGAACUCAAGGACAAACACUGAGGGGGACAGAAAACAUCCUUCAUCAUAUUCACACGAGCAGGAGGGGAAGAUGAGUGAGCAGAGUAUCUGCCAGGCACGGGCCUCCGUCAUGGUCUACGAUGACACCAGUAAGAAGUGGGUGCCCAUCAAACCUGGACAGCAGGGAUUCAGUCGCAUCAACAUCUACCACAACACUGCCAACAACACCUUCAGAGUGGUUGGCGUCAAACUGCAGGACCAGCAGGUGGUUAUAAACUACUCCAUAGUGAAGGGCCUCAAGUACAACCAGGCCACGCCCACUUUCCACCAGUGGAGGGACGCCCGACAGGUCUAUGGCCUCAACUUCGCCAGCAAAGAGGAGGCUACCACAUUCUCCAACGCCAUGCUGUUUGCCCUCAACGUGCUCAGUGCUCAGGAUGGAGGUCCAGCUGUGCAGCGUCAAGUUCAGAACGGACCGACGUCAGAUGAGAUUGAAGCUCAGAGAGCAAGGCAGAUGAUGGAGCAGCAGCAGCAGAUGCAGGCACAUAUGGAGCGGGAGCGGCGGUCGUCCAACUCAGGUUCUCCUUUCCAAGGCCACCCUGCUGUUCUCUCAGUGGCGCCCCCUGUAGUACCUCCUCCUAUGAACAUGAACAUGGGUGGUCCUCCUCCGCCUCCACCUCCGCCGGGACCUCCACCACCCUCAGUAAUGGCACCCCAGCCUCCUCUCCCUCCUCCUCUUCCCCUCGGUGGAGGGAGUUUCGGGGAUGAGCCUCCGGCAGCGACAGGUCUUGCUGCUAUGAUUGCAGGAGCCAAACUGCGGCGCGUUCAAAGAUCUGAAGACAGCUCUUCAAGCGCCAAAAACGAUGCCAACCGGACGAGUGGAGGAAGCGGAGGACUGAUGGAGGAGAUGAACGCUCUGUUAGCACGAAGAAGGAAAGCAGCUUCAGAGAAGCCUGACGACAGCCAAAAUGAUGACCCAAAUUCUGCGUCACCCAGCACCCGCGGACAGAAUGCUACAGACGGUGCAAAGAAGCCGUGGGACCGAGCCAACUCUGCAGACAGGGCGAUGGCUUCAAGGGUACGGGCCGGGGCCGGUGGCGGCGACACAGACUCGUUAGACCUUGAUAGAAUGAAACAGGAAAUCUUGGAAGAAGUGUUUCGUGAAUUGCACAAAGUGAAGGAUGAAAUCAUUGAUGCCAUUAGACAUGAACUCAGUCGAGUUAGCACGACAUAAUCUUUCAGAACCAUCCCCCGACAUGAACCACCUUUUGGAAAAAACCAUUGCCCCUGCAGCAGCUGCCGUGGCCCUGAGGAGGAUGAGGAGGAGGUGGAGGAAGAAGUGGGAAAAUCAGGAACAGAGGCCCAAACUGUGAUAUCUACUCAUCCUGUUCAGCUCCGGUGUUGAAGCAACGCAGCCUCGUUGCUGUAACACCUCAGACAUGUCUGUGUAGCGUUUGGUUUGUCUGUUUAGAGAAAAAGGACGUGGACGGGGCACACUCUCGCACUGAUUCCUCUGAUUUAAACAUUUUCUGUCUGUUUGUCUGCCCAGUCCGCCCCUCUGUCCUCAGCCUGAAGGAAAACGGAUAAAACUCAUGAUUUUUAUUUGUUUCACUUUUUUUCUCAAGUUUGUUUAAACAUAAUUUUUUUUAUCAUUGCUAUCAUUUUCAUUAUUAUGACCAUCAUUUUUAUGAUUGUCAAUGUAUUGUUGAUAUGAUUAGUAGUAGUGUAGUAGGUACAAUGGUAAUAAUGAGGAAAUGAUAAUGAGGAUCUGAUAGUAAUGGUAAUGUUGAUUAUUAUUAUUAUUGCACAUCAUUUUAUGUUAGCCUUUUGUAUUUUAUAUUGGUCAUUUUCAUUUGUUUUUGUUUAAAAUACAUUCAAACGUUAAUCCAAAAAGGUUGUUUUUCCAUAAUCUAACCUGAAUUUUUAAAGAUUUUUUAUCCUUUUCGCCAACACAGCUAUGUGGCAGACAAAACACAGCCCUGACCUGAAACCGAGGGUGGAAUAAACUUCUUUGGAUAUUGCAAUCUUAUGAACAAAAAAAAAACAAAAAAAAACUAAUACACCAGAGUAUUUGUGAUCAUGUUGUUAAUAAAAUGUUUAUUGGCUGCAAGGAUAUGGUGAAGUAUUGUUCAUUUUAUUCUCUCCUUUUAUGACCAAGUGCUUCCUGGUUUGACAACGAAAAAAAAAAGAAACACACCAAGUUUAAAAUGAAUUCAAAUAAAACUGUGACCAAUGUCUUGGAUAAAUGA